AACGAAAAUUGUAGGAGUGAAUGACAGUUAUUUACUCUCUAGACUACAAAAUUCAAAGAGAUCUUCAAUCAAAAUCAAACCAAACUCGAAGUUUUGGCGUGCGAACAGACUAUGCGUGUCUGUCUUGUUUUGUAGGGCGUCUAGAAUCUUUGGUAGCCAGCGAGGGAAAUCAGUGCCGUGGAUUAAUCAUGUCAUCAAGCAGCCAUGAAUGCAGAGUGUACAGUAUCAACCAUUUAAGUCCACGAAGCAGAGCAGACCAGAUCCCGCCAUGAAUCCUGAACCUGACCCAUUCAAGAUUUAUUUCAUGUCGGUUUUGAAUGGGAGACCAUCUCUCUGUCUGAAUGAAAAUGGCCUCCAUAGAAAGAACAGAGAAGAAGCAAUUGAAUCGAGUAUUAAAAUAGCUUCAGCGUGCAGUGAAACUUUGGGGUAAUUGUUUCAUCUCCAGACAGCCCAAAGUGGGUCAUCAUCAUUACUCUUUUUUUCCUGUCUCAUAAUCAAGCUUAUCUCCUAAUUGUUUCAUUUGCAACCCCAAUUUUCUUGAUGCUUUUCAAACAUAAAUGAGUACCUAUUCAAUUGUCAGCACAAAGAAUUUGCUUGUUGUGGACAUUGUAGAUUAGGUUGGAAAAGGCAAUUAAGCUGCUUGCUUGUAGAUUAGAGAUGGGUUUUUCAUUCAUGGACCCAUGUGGAGCACCAUUCCCAUUUCCCUCCAAAGCUUUGAGAUUUGCCCUCACGGUUGGGUGGUUGGGUGGUUAAAUUAGUUUCUUUUUGGUGGUUUCAAGAGAAUCAAUCAGCAGAAGAAAGAAAACCCAUUUUUCUAAUCUAGGAUUUGAGAGCUCCAAGGCAGAGAGAAAGAGUGGUCACUCACUCAACUGUGAAGUGAUUCCACAACUCCCAGAAGAAGAAGAAGAAGAAGAAGCAAAAGCUCUUUUCUGUUGUUCUUGUAUGUACCCACCAACCAGAUUCCUCUGUUCUUCUUCCUUUAAUUGUUUGGAUUAGCUCUCUCUGAAAGUUUGCACCUUUUUUCCACCCUCCUUCCUUCAUUACUUUUGCUUUUUCCCUAUUCUCCUCCCUCCUUUGGUUCUUAAAAAAAGAAGAGCUUGGCUGGAGCUUUUGGCUAGAUCUACCCUUCCCGUCUCCAAUCCAUUUCCUCAAGCUGUUUCUUUGGAAAAUGGAUAAACCGUCGCCAGGUUGGACUACUCAAACAUGGCAUUACUUCACCAACUUUCUCAAGCCCUCAUCAUUGCUUUACAUUGCACUCCUGUCUUCUCUAGCUACUCCUCUGUUCCUAUGUUAUGGCUUCUCUCCUCCUCUCCUUGUGUCAAUCCCAGUUCUGCUUCUCUCCUCCAUCUUCAUUUAUUCAUUCUCAAAGAGAUUAGUCGUCACUGCUGCUGUUGAAGAAGAAGAAGAAGAAGAAGAAGCUGAUGACAAACCGAGUCAGGGUUCGGAAACUAUAGUUGCUGUUGUUGUUCCAGAGCUGUGUGUGACACAGAAGAGUGACAAUGAAGCUUCUGAGUUGCAUGAGUAUCAAGUGGAGUCGACGGAGUUCCCAUCAGAUGGUGAAACCAGUAGUGAUGAUUCUCCCAGGAAUGAGAUUUUUGAACUCAAAUGGAUGAAGCACUUCAACAACGAUGCCUGCCAGAGCUUAGCAUUCUGUGAAAGCUCAGCUUCUGAUUAUGAUGGUGAAGAAGUAGAAGAAGAUGAUGAUCUCAUCGAGAUAUGUCUUCCUCCAAAUGAGAGCUCUGUUUAUGCUGACGAAUUGUCAUCCACGAGAACAUAUUCGUGGGGAAAGCCUGGUUUCUCGAAUGAAUUCGUCAUAAGGGAGGAAGACGAAGAAGGGAUGAUGGAGGAGGUGGAAGAGAUUGAUGAGGUGAAUGAGGAAGAUAACUUGAUGGAGAUUGACCUCUCAAUUGGGUCCAUUAAGUCUUCCAGCUUUCACAUGGAAGACUGAUAUAAGUGACAAGUUUAAUGUAUGCAAGUUUGUAGGUUCUUCCUGUCAAUGUGAAAGAUGCUAAAAGAGCCAAGGCUUAAGAUGUCAUGCU